UGUGUUUAUUUGUCUUUUGCCGGCGGAAACCGAAACCAUUUCAUGGAUGAAGAAACAAUGGUUACGGGACAAAACAGAACAUCUGUUCCUGAGAAUCUGAAAAAACAGCUCGCAAUUUCAAUUCGAAGUAUUCAAUGGAGUUAUGCGAUCUUUUGGUCUGUCUCUGCUUCUCAGCCUGGAGUGUUAGAAUGGGGAGAUGGAUAUUAUAACGGAGAUAUCAAAACGAGGAAGACGAUUCAAGCUUCGGAAAUCAAAGCUGAUCAGCUUGGUUUACGGAGGAGCGAGCAGCUUAGAGAGCUUUUUGAGUCUCUCUCCAUCGCUGAAUCUUCUUCCACUGGAACCGCCGCGGGAUCUCAGGUCAGUAGACGAGCUUCCGCGGCUGCACUCUCGCCGGAAGAUCUCGCCGACACCGAGUGGUACUACUUGGUUUGUAUGUCUUUCGUCUUCAAAAUCGGUGAAGGAAUGCCUGGACGGACUUUUGCAAACGGUGAACCGAUAUGGCUAUGCAAUGCUGGUACUGCUGAUAGUAAAGUUUUUAGCCGUUCUCUCCUCGCUAAAAGCGCUUCGGUUAAUACAGUAAUUUGCUUCCCGUUUCUUGGAGGAGUCGUUGAGAUCGGUACCACAGAACACAUUGCAGAGGAUAUGAACGUAAUACAAUGCGUGAAGAAAUCAUUCCUCGAAGCUCCUGAUUCAAACGCUACAAUAUUACAACCAAUAUCAUCAGAUUAUCACAUAGACAACGUCCUCGAUCCGCAACACAUCCUAGAAGACGAAAUCUAUGCUCCUAUGUUUGGUACUCGGCCUUUUCAAGCAACUUCUCCGAGCAGAACCACCAACGGUUUCGAUCCCGAACACGAUCAACUAGCAGAAGAUCAUGAUUCGUUCAUGGCCGAAGGAAUCAACUCUCAAGUACAAAGUUGGCAGCACAUGGACGAUGAACUCAGUAACUGCGUUCACCAAUCGCUAAAUUCCAGCGAUUGCGUCUCUCAGACGUUUGCUGAAGCAGGGGCUAGACGAGGUUCUUGCAGCGCAAGAAAGGGUAGGGUUCAAAGGUUAGGGCAUGUCCAAGAGCAACAGAAAAAUGUGAAGAUGCUAUCUUUUGAUCCAAGAAACGAUGAUGUUCAUUACCAAAGUGUUAUCUCCACAAUUUUCAAGACCAGUCACCAGCUAAUCCUUGGACCACAGUUCCGAAACUGCGAUAAGCGGUCAAGCUUCACAAGGUGGAAGAAACCAUCACCAUCAUCAUGUGGAACCGCAUCAAUCGUAGCACCAUCACAAGGAAUGUUGAAGAAGAUUAUUUUCGAGGUUCCACGUGUGCACCAGAAAGAGAAGCUGAUGUUGGAUUCACCAGUGGCUGGGGAUGAAACCGCGAACCACGCGGUUUCAGAGAAGAAACGGCGGGAGAAACUGAAUGAACGGUUCUUGAUCUUGAGAUCGAUCAUUCCUUCAAUCAAUAAGAGCGAUAAAGUAUCGAUUCUUGAUGAUACAAUUGAGUAUCUUCAAGAACUAGAGAGACGGGUUCAAGAACUAGAAUCAUGCAGAGAAUCAACCGAUACAGAAACCCGUGGGACAAUAACAGUGAAGAGGAAGAAACCUUAUGAUGCAGGCGAAAGAACAUCAGCUAAUUGCACAAACAAUGAAAUCGGCUACGUGAAAAGAACCCAUGUGGGAGAAGCCGAACCAGCAGAAACCGGUUUAACCGAUAUAAGGAUCAGGUCGUUUGGAAACGAGGUGGUCAUUGAGCUGAGAUGUGUUUGGAGAGAAGGCGUUUUGCUUGAGAUAAUGGAUGUGAUUAGUAAUCUCAACUUGGAUUCGCAUUCGGUACAAUCCUCGACCGGAGACGGUUUACUCUGCUUAACCGUCAGUUGCAAGCACAAGGGUUCAAAAAUAGCCACACCAGGAAUGAUCAAAGAGGCUCAAAAGGUUGCAUGGAUAUGUUGAAGACAUUUUAGCUUAAAGUAUUAGCAAAAUAUUUUCCCGCUUAGGUUUUUGUAAUCUUUGGCAUUCUUCUAGUUUUAGGAAUUCAUGUAAAACCCCCCCAAAAAAGACAAAUAUUUUAUUUCUUCUUUUUGUUGCUGGUUAACGUACGCGAAGAACUAAAAAGGGAACCUGUAAUUUUCUUUGAAGGUAGAUUGUUUU